CGCGGGGAGGCGGGGCCGCGGCGGCCGGCAGUGUCUGCGCCUCGCGGCCUCGGAGCUCGCAGACGCUCGGGGAACAUGGCGGCGGCGGAGCCGGCGGUCGCGGCGCUCCCCGGCGGCGGCGGCGCGGGCGCGGGGGCGCCGUCGGGCACGGUCCCCGUGCUUUUCUGCUUCUCGGUCUUUGCGCGGCCGGCGGCCGUGCCGCACGGCGCGGGCUACGAGCUCCUCAUCCAGAAGUUCCUCAGCCUGUACGGCGACCAGAUCGACAUGCACCGCAAAUUCGUGGUGCAGCUCUUCGCGGAGGAGUGGGGCCAGUACGUGGACCUGCCCAAGGGCUUCGCGGUCAGCGAGCGCUGCAAGGUGCGCCUCGUGCCGCUGCAGAUCCAGCUCACUACCCUGGGAAAUCUUACACCUUCAAGCACUGUGUUUUUCUGCUGUGAUAUGCAAGAAAGGUUCAGACCAGCCAUCAAGUAUUUUGGAGAUAUUAUUAGUGUGGGACAGAGAUUGUUACAAGGGGCCCGGAUUUUAGGAAUUCCAGUUAUUGUAACAGAACAGUACCCUAAAGGUCUUGGAAGCACUGUUCAAGAAAUUGAUUUAACAGGUGUAAAGCUGGUACUUCCAAAGACCAAAUUUUCAAUGGUAUUACCGGAAGUGGAAGCAGCAUUAGCAGAGAUUCCUGGAGUCAGGAGUGUUGUGUUGUUUGGAGUAGAAACUCACGUGUGCAUCCAGCAGACCGCUCUGGAGCUCGUUGGCCGAGGUAUCGAGGUUCAUAUAGUUGCUGAUGCCACAUCAUCGAGAAGCAUGAUGGACAGGAUGUUUGCACUUGAGCGUCUUGCUCGAACUGGGAUCAUUGUGACUACGAGUGAGGCUGUUCUGCUACAGCUGGUGGCCGAUAAAGACCAUCCAAAAUUCAAGGAAAUUCAGAAUCUAAUUAAGGCGAGUGCCCCAGAGUCGGGUCUGCUUUCCAAAGUGUAAGACGUGUGGAGACUGGUGUGCUACUCACUGUCACAUGACAGGACUGUAAGCCCAGACAAGCUCUUGUCUCUCGUAGAAUUAAAAUGUUAAGUCACAGAUUGGCUCCUUUUUUGCGCCUCUUAGUAAAACUUAACCAGUUAGACUGUUUGGGUACCAGCAUUUAGUUACACAUGUCAAAGGCUUCAGGUGCUGCUUAACUUCUUUUUAUGUUAAUGUGCUUUUAUUUAUUAAAAAAAAAAUUAUAAUGGAGGUGCCUGUUUUGUCUAUACCGUAUACACUGAUCAUACUUUCAAAAGUGCACACUCUUGUGAAGUUUUCCUUACUGUCACAAGGACCGAGAUCUCCCAGUAACGGUUUGACUUUUGUAUCAUUGUAAGAUGUAUGUUAUGAUGUUAAUGUGGAUUCAGUGCUUUUACUUUACAGGUUGAUUGAAGUAGGAUUAUUAUAUGAGAAUUUGAAAACAGGACUCUGGAUCUUGUUAACCCUUUCACUCACAAUGCAGCCAAGUUAUUUAUUAAGUUGCAUUGGUUUAACCAGACGAAGUCAUGUUGGAUAAUUAUAGACCUUUCUUAAUUAUGUUGAUUUUCUUGUUCUGUUCACCAUCACUAAUUCUCUGUUAAUGUUCUCUUUUUUAAAUUGAAAUCUUUUACCUAGAAGGACUCAUUGGGUUAUUACUUGUAUUUUUGAUUUUGUAAACAGAUGGAAUGAUAGCAAUGUCAUAUCAUUCGUAGAGGGCUCUUUUAAGAUCUUUGAAGUAUUACUUUAGCUGAAUAGCUUUAUAACCAUCUUGAAUACAUCUUCUAAUAUGCACAAGAUUUAGCAAAAAGAUAAAGACUGGAUAAAAUGUAGUUUUAAAACAUCCAUCUUCUUGUUUGAUAUUUUCUCCACAUAACAUCCAAUUACUGUUAAUGCAAACAGUCUCAGUAAUAAUUUGGUAGUAUUAAUUUUGUAGUGAUUACUGCCAUUCAAUAAAUUUAUUUUCAUUUAAUACUUAUUAUAGGGUUUUAAAACUUUUUUUUAAUGUUAUGUGAAACAUGAAACAUUUCUGUCUUUUAUAUUAAAGUAAUUAAAGAAAA